AUGGUCCAACGCCACGCACCCCAUAUCAAAUUUACAGAGAAUGAUCGAAACCCCGAGGCACCACGUGUAGGCCUCAAACUGGAACUCACGCCGCUCCUGUCGUGCGUCCUUCGUCGAUCGACGGAAGAUAAUCAGUUGAGGCCAUUCAUAUUUAAAUGGUCUCCACUUGACGACGGUUAUCGACAGAACGCCUUCCUGUUGCUGCGGUACACCGUGUCGGGAGCCCUGGAAAAGGCCCCUGUACCGGAUGUAUUUGACGACUUGACGAUGCCGGAGUGCUGCAAGGCACAGUCGAUAUCAGGUUUCCAUUCGAUACAGCAUUUAGUGCCUCGUGGCAAGUAUGAGCUUCUAUGGUUAGGGGCUAAAUUACCCUUACGGAACUGGGGCACGCCGAGCGACUAUUUUGGGGUCGAAUUACGCCCGGACCUCGAACGUCCGGAUCUUAUCAUCCCAGGGGGUGCGAGUGUUACAUUCACCUAUAAGAAUAUUGAGACUCCGAUUUCCACUCAUCGUAUAUCUCCGCCGCCGGUUUCCCUUUCUGCGCUGGUCCCUAGUGCACCAGUACUGAGCGUGGAGCUUACGUGCCCGAGUACUGUUACACGCGAACAGGAUGCUUUUAUAUGUCUCCUAGUUCGGUACCAUGGGGAUCCUACCGAUUAA